CUUGAGCUCGCAGCAUCCGCGUUUAGUCAUGGCGGCAGAUCCGGUUACCCCUCCGAUCAGCUGGUAGAGUCCGCAAGUCAAACAUCUGCCGAACCUUCAUGACAUCAGAAAUCAUCUGAAGCGACUUUACACAGACAAAAAAAUUAAACUUCUCAAAGCGGAUUAAAGCGCGUUCAUUGACCUGGAUCGAAAGCGUUAUUCUGAUGGAUCUGUUCGGCUUUAUGCAUGUAAACGAGCUCGCGCUCGCGUUCUCACACCUAUCCAUGUUCCCGUACUUUGACAUGGCGCAUUACAUCAUAUCAAUAAUGAGUCUGAGAGAGCAGCCAGGAGCGAUGGAGGUCUCUCAGAGGAGUCCCUUUGCCUGCUGGUUCAGUUCAAUGCUUUAUUGUUUUGGGGGAGCGAUUCUCUCUGCACUGAUGAUGGCAGACGCGCCGGUCGCACCCCUGUCUAAUACUACAAACCUACUGCUGGCAUCUAUCAUGUGGUAUCUGGUGUUUUAUUGUCCUCUGGAUGUUGUGUACUCGCUGACCUCCAUCUUUCCUCUCCGUCUGCUCCUGACUGCUAUGAAGGAAGUGACACGUACAUUUAAGGUCCUGGGUGGAGUCACUCAAGCUGGGAAAAAGUAUAAAGAUGGCCUGUUUGUCAUGAUCGCAGUGGGAUGGGCCAAAGGUGCUGGUGGAGGUCUCAUCAGUAACUUCGAGCAGUUAGUCCGGGGCGUCUGGAAGCCUGAAACCAAUGAGCUCUUGAAGAUGUCAUACCCGACUAAAGUCACUCUGUUGGGAGCGUUCCUGUUUUCUCUCCAGCAGUGCCGCUUCCUCCCGAUUCAAACACAUCACCUCAUCUUCAUCUACACGCUCUUCAUCGUCACCAAUAAGAUUCGCAUUAUGCUGUUGGGUUCCUCUUCUUAUCCGUUCUCUUCGGUGGAGUCUGUCCUCUUCAAGACUCUGUUCGUUCGACCUCUGACCUUUUCAUCCGUGAGUGACCUGACCCAAUGUGCUGCCCACCAGAACCACAAAAAAACAAACACUUCCAACGGCUUGUCAUCCUCACGCAACACGGACCAAACUGACCAUAAAGAGUCAGCAGAAAACAAAAAGAUCAACUGAACUAAAGAGACUUGAUGUGUGCGCGCGCGUGUGCGUGUGUGUGUGUGUGUG